GGCCUACAGCGAGCCCAACCCCGGCGCCCACAUAGUCAUGAACAGCCACAGCCACAGCCACAAUGGCUGCGGGGGGCGGCCGCUGGGCAGUGGGCUGGGUGCCCAGGGCAGAGAUCCUUCGGAGCCCGAGGCUGGCCACCCCCCCCAGCCCCCACAUGGCCCGAGCCUCCAGGUGGUGGUGGCCAAGAGCGAGCCAGCCCGGCCCUCACCCGGCAGUCCCCGGGGGCAGCCCCAGGACCAGGAAGAGGAGGAAGACGAUGAAGAGGAUGAGGCAGGCAGGAGGAGGGACUCCGGGAAGACCCCGAACGUGGGCCACCGCCUGGGCCACCGGCGGGCACUCUUUGAGAAGCGGAAGCGCCUCAGCGACUACGCCCUCAUCUUCGGCAUGUUCGGCAUUGUUGUGAUGGUGACGGAGACGGAGCUGUCCUGGGGGGUCUACACCAAGGAGUCCCUGUACUCAUUUGCACUCAAAUGCCUCAUCAGCCUCUCUACCGUCAUCCUGCUGGGCCUGGUCGUCCUGUACCACGCCCGGGAGAUCCAGCUGUUCAUGGUGGACAAUGGGGCGGACGACUGGCGCAUCGCCAUGACGUGCGAGCGCGUCUUCCUCAUCUCCCUGGAGCUGGCCGUGUGCGCCAUCCACCCGGUGCCCGGCCACUACCGCUUCACGUGGACCGCGCGGCUGGCCUUCACGUACGCGCCGUCGGCGGCCGAGGCCGAUGUGGACGUGCUACUGUCUGUGCCCAUGUUCCUGCGCCUCUACCUGCUGGGCCGCGUCAUGCUGCUGCACAGCAAGAUAUUCACAGACGCUUCCAGCCGCAGCAUCGGCGCGCUCAACAAGAUCACCUUCAACACACGCUUCGUCAUGAAGACUCUCAUGACCAUCUGCCCGGGCACCGUGCUGCUCGUCUUCAGCAUCUCCUCCUGGAUCAUCGCUGCCUGGACCGUGCGUGUUUGUGAGAGGGAAAACAUGUACCAUGACAAGCAGGAAGUGACCAGCAACUUUCUGGGGGCCAUGUGGCUCAUCUCCAUCACCUUCCUCUCCAUCGGCUAUGGUGACAUGGUGCCUCACACCUACUGCGGGAAGGGCGUGUGCCUGCUCACUGGCAUCAUGGGGGCUGGCUGCACAGCGCUCGUGGUGGCCGUGGUGGCCCGGAAACUGGAGCUCACCAAGGCAGAGAAACACGUGCACAACUUCAUGAUGGACACUCAGCUCACCAAGCGGGUAAAAAAUGCCGCUGCUAACGUUCUCAGGGAGACGUGGCUCAUCUACAAACACACCAGGCUGGUGAAGAAGCCAGACCAAGCCCGGGUUCGGAAACACCAGCGUAAGUUCCUCCAAGCCAUCCAUCAAGCUCAGAAGCUCCGGAGCGUGAAGAUUGAGCAGGGGAAGCUGAAUGACCAGGCCAACACUCUCGCGGACCUGGCUAAGGCAGAUCUACAUACAGCCUCCAAAACUGAAGAGAAAAACAAAAUUCUUUCGCGAUGGAUAUAAAUUCAGAUUCUAGAAUCAGCAGAAAGCUCAUUUAUGCAGCAAUUCAGCCUCCCUCGGGAGAUUAACGUUGGUGGCCAGAGCUCUCUAAGACCCGUUUGUGUUACACAUGAAUCUCUCUGCUGGUUUUAUUAUCAAGCCCGACUCCAUUUCCCACUUUUUAUUCAUCCUCCAGAAGAUGGGACGUUUGACCCAACUUCUGUCAGGCAGGCUCUUAGCAUACGCGCCCCACUGUCCUAAACUCCCUUCUGAGCAGUGGCCUACCUUCCACGAGUGGUUCACGCGUGAACUCUGCUCACCGGCUCCCUCCCCCUUAUUCAGCUAAUUAGGCUGAGGUUCAUUUAAUAUUAUCUCUGGGAAGAUGUUAAGUCCUAUUCUCCUUCUUAUACCCAGAGCGUUUUGGACUCAUUCUCUUCAACAUUAUCAAGAGAAAUGCAGUAUAAUAUUAACCUACAUAAAUUUAAUUUGGAAAGAAACAUUAUAGAGGGGGGAAAAAAAACCCAUAUUGUGGAUCCCUGAAGAAAUCACUCAGUUGGUAGUAGAAAGAACAUAAUCCUGAGAGCAGACAGAAACCCUCGCCAAACUAAUUUGAUGUCAUAUAAGAUUAGAGCUAGAAAUACAUAGGAAAUGCCUUUGAAUAACGCAGGUACUGGUUAUUAUCAUUUGGAUUAUCCAUAUCGCUCUUUCUUCCAUUAGUACAGAUGAUUGAAGUUUGAAUUUUUCAGUUAUUUAAACCUCGCUAUCAACGGCAGUACGUCCCUCUCAGAAUACAUUUAACAAAGCCUGCUUUGAAGUAAGGCUUUAAUUGGAUAGGAUGGUAGGGGUUCCUAAUGUUUAAAAUUUAACAAGGUUAAAAUGUCGUCCAGUAUUAAAACUUUA